UUUUUGGUAUGUUUUGCCUUUAUUUGACAGUUUACAGCAGAGAAUCAGACAGGAAGUGUGAGGGCACCGUGAGAGACGGACGACAUGCACCUUUUUUUGCAUGCCAACCAAGGACGUCGCAGUGGUGUAUGUAAGUGUCUUCGACCACUGUGAUUGCACAUUCUUGGUGAAUCCUGUCUAUGUCUGCGACUGGUGAUUGAUUUCAUUAUUGUUUGCUUCAUAAAACAUCAGAAAUGAGUGGAGAAACAUCCAACAGAGUUUCCCAGAGUCCACAGUAACAUACAGAUAUUGAACAGAACUGAACAGAUAUUCAGUUUACACUGAUAUAAAACAGACAAAAGCAGUGAACUCUCACGCUGGAGAAGCUGGAGACAGAGAGUGUUUGGAAUUUUCAUUUUGAAAAUUACUUAAAUGAUUAACUGAUUGUCAGAAUGGUUGCCAGUUCAUUUUCUGUCAAUCGACUAAUUGUUACAGCCCUGUUCUUUAUUGUCCAAAAUCUGAAUCAUGUCCAGCUUUUGAUGACUAAGACACAUCCUGAACAUCGGCAUUCAGUUUUACAGUUACCCAGAUCUUUGAUAUGACUUUCAACUGCAAUUUGCAAGUUUCUCUAUUUCUGUACUACAGCAAUGACAUAGGAUUCAGGGUUGACCAGAUAACUUGAAGACAAAUCAUUUAUCUGAGUGAUGAAACUUCAUAACUUGCUAUUCAAAGACACCCUCUUCAAACAUGUGAUGAACACAGCUGUACGCACUGCAAUUUAGGAGAACAAAUGCACAAACGCGCAGCAAGUAGCACAGACAACGCAAGUGUGUCCAGGGGACACAAAAAAGGGAUGAACCCGGCUGGGAUGCACUUGCAUGGACGUAUGGCAGUAUGCGCACUUGAUGUUCAAUGCUUUGUGACUUUUGAAGUUAAAAGCAUCGAACUACGAGUGUGGAAGGAUGUAAGUGCAUCUCCUCGUCUGUGCUACUUGCAGCGCAUUUGUGUUUUUGGUUAUGUUGCGGUUAUUUGCAGCUCAGGGUCACCGUAAAUAAAGAAAAUACAGUUUUGAAGUGUAAAUAACAAAAAAUAAGGGACAAAGAGACCUAACAUGGGAUAGUGCUGGACAAAGAUCUGUUAAAAUCAUGCAUUGGAUGCAUCUUUCCAAAUGGGCAGUGCAUAUAAAUCUCGGCAUAGCUUUUUAUAUGAAUCAUACUGAUGCUUAGGUCAGUGCUGAGUGCCAGAUAGUACCACACAUACACUGAAUCAACUGUCUCUAUAGGAACACAACCACUGUUUUGUUUGCAGAGGCUUUCCAACAUUUGUAUAAUAUAUGAUUCAGGGACAGAGCGGUUUUUUAAAGGCUGUUAACAGUGUAGUCUUGAAGCUGUCACUCGUCCAGAUUAAUCCCAAACACACGUUCCUUGAUGUAAGACGAACCACAAAGGGAAACCUACCCACCCAUACAUCCAUACUCUAACCUGAUCUACCAGAAACACCUCCCACAGAAUGAGAGCUGAUAAUUGGCGAGAGCUCAUUUGCAUGCUGAACGGCGUGGAUAUUUAUUUAAAUUUAAUUUCGUUCCCGCACACGGUGCACUGUAGGCUUUUGUGCCAAAGUCAUAUUAACCCCUUGACUAGUUAAUAUGCAGUGCACGACGUUGCCCACGCACGAUGAAUAUUCAUAUUGAUGGCGUUUUCGCCGCCGUCUCUCCGACCCCUCCCUCCCUCUGUUUUCCAUCCCCGCUGUACAACGCAACAGCGUGGCGUUAUGGAGGCAUCCCGGAAGACUCGGCCAUUUUCACCACAGUUGUUCUCCCAAACACAAACACACACAGUUUGGCUCCUUCUAGUCUGUGUUUCGAUCGCUGCCGCGGACACAAUGUCAGAUAAGACUCAGCUGCCAAGCAGAGACCGCGCUCUGAAAGGAAGAGAGGAGAAAAUGGUCGUGGCAGACAAGCAUGCAGUCAGUGGGAAUCCCACUGUGGAGCCUUUUCCAGAAGGCAUGGAGACCGUCAUGUUUGGCAUGGGCUGUUUCUGGGGAGCAGAGAGACUUUUCUGGAGGCUUUCAGGGGUCUUCUCCACACAAGUGGGCUACGCCGGCGGCGUUACACCCAACCCCACCUACCACGAGGUCUGCUCAGGUCUGACGGGUCACACUGAGGUUGUGAGGGUGGUCUUCUCCCCUGAAGACAUCAGCCUUGAGAAACUGCUCAAACGCUUUUGGGAGAGCCACGAUCCUACACAAGGUAUGAGGCAGCAGAAUGACCGCGGUACUCAGUAUCGUUCAGCCAUCUACACGUCCAACCCCGCUCAACAGGAGCUUGCAUUGAAGAGCAAAGUGGCCUUCCAGCAGGAGUUGGAUAAAAAAGGCUACGGCCCCAUCACAACAGAGAUCCUGGAGGGGCAGCAGUUUUACUACGCUGAGGACCAUCACCAGCAGUACCUGAAGAAGGUACCAAAGGGCUACUGUGGCCUCAAAGGCACUGGAGUCUCGUGUCCCAUUGGAGCCAGAAAGGAUGAGCUGUGAGACUGUGCGGUGAGAAAGAGGAGGAUCAGUUACUGUUCUUAAUCUUUUAUUUUUUUUAAAACUGCGUGAUACACUUGUGAAAUGUAUCACUUUUUAAUGUAACACCAUAUGAGUCAAAGCAUGAAUUCAUUACUGAGCCUCAGGGAAUUUUCUGUUCUAAGCUGGCCGUCAGUUAUGGAGAAUACAUAGUGUACAGUAAGGCAUUUUUAUUUGUGUAGCACUGUUUAAACAAAAUAGCAACUUAAAUUGUUUCAUGUAAGAUAUAAAUAUGUAUCAAAACAAUUCUUAAAAGACAAUAAGAAUGGAAAAUAAAAGCAGCUAAAUGAAAAAAUGCCAGAAUGAAGCUGUUCCGUUGCUGUGCAGCAGGAGCAGUGUGUUGGGCUGCAGCAGCAGUCAGCUUCCAUAGGGUGGCGACAUUUCUCAAAAAAUAGCAGCUCCAGUAGUCUUUUUAUUUUUUUAUUUUUAUGUGACAUACUGUAGCAAAAAGAAACCAUGUAAACUCUUUGUCUUCCACAGUUGGUUGAUUGGAAGAAAAUCUACCAACCUUCAGUGGUUUUCCAAGCCAGCAGCGUUUUCACACAACGCUGUGACAGAGCUCAGACUUUACUGUCAGAGUAAGAAUCCUUAAGAUUUUUUUCAGUGCAGAUUUUAAUAUAAUCAUAUGAUUUUACUAAGUAGCUUAGUAUAAUUCAAACACAACAUUACCAGCUUGAAUGUAAUGCAGUCUUUUCUUUUCAUUUUAUUGUAAAUAACUGAUGCAUGAAUUUACUUCAGUAAAAUCAGACAUUUUCUUCAGUCUCACCUUGGAAAUAAUAAAACACAUCUUCUCCAGA